AUGUGUAACCUAGGCCUGGGCGAGGACUUGAACCAGAAUGUGGUCAUAUCAUUUCAGGGUCUGCCGACAUUUGGGGACGUGUCUGUCAAUUUUACUCGGGAGGAGUGGGAAUGGCUGAACGAUGCUCAGAGAGACUUGUACCGGAAGGUGACCUUGGACAACUACAGGAGCCUGGAGUCCCUGGGCAUCCCUAUUUUCAAGCCAGCUGUGGUCUCAUUACUGGAACAAGGAAAAGACCCCUGGACGGUGCAGAAGGAGGGAGCAAGAGACACAUGUCCUGAUUGGGAGUAUGUAUUCAAAGGCACCGAAUUUUCAUCAAAGCAAGAUAUUUAUGAAGACUCUGCCAAAGUCCUAACAGUGCGAAGAAGCCAUCUCAGUCACAGACCUGAGUGCCCCAAUUGGAAAGAAGACCGUGAAAGAGAAGAACGCUUUAAGAACAAGUUGGGAGGUCAGGAGGUCCAUUCCCACCCACUGCUCAUCACUCAUAAAGAAGUCCAUGAAGAGCAAAGCAGUGGGUGUCACCCAUCUUGGCAAACACUCCAUCAGGAUGCAAUACUGGAUAGGCCACCAAGUUUCCCUACCAAAGAAAGAAUCCAUCAGUGUGAGCCGCGAAAGAGGAGCUACCGGAAAAACUCGGUGGGCUUGAAACAUAAGAAGGCCCAUGCAGGAAAGAGAAUCCUGAAGUGUACUGACUGCGAAAAAGUCUUUAACCAGAGCUCAUCCCUGACCCUCCAUCAGAGAACUCACACUGGGGAGAAACCCUACGCGUGCGUCGAAUGUGGCAAAGCCUUCAGCCAGAGCGCAAACCUAGCUCAGCACAAGCGAAUCCACAGCGGGGAGAAACCUUACGAGUGUAAACAGUGUAGGAAGGCCUUCAGCCAGAACGCACAUCUUGUGCAGCAUCAGAGAGUUCACACCGGGGAGAAGCCUUAUCAGUGCAAAGAGUGUAAAAAAGCCUUCAGCCAGAUUGCACACUUGACUCAGCAUCAAAGGAUUCAUACUGGGGAGAGGCCUUUCGAAUGCAUCGAAUGUGGAAAAGCUUUCAGUAACGGUUCGUUUCUCGCUCAGCAUCAGAGGAUCCACACCGGAGAGAAACCUUACACGUGCAACGUGUGUGGGAAGGCUUUUAGUCACCGUGGAUACCUUAUCGUACACCAGAGAAUCCACACCGGGGAGAGACCCUACGAGUGUAAAGAGUGUCGGAAAUCCUUCAGCCAGUACGCACACCUGUCUCAACAUCAGAGAGUCCAUACUGGAGAAAAACCUUAUGAAUGUAAAGUCUGUGGGAAAGCCUUCAGCCAGAUGGCUUACCUCGAUCAGCACCAGCGGGUUCACACCGGAGAGAAGCCCUACGAGUGUGCCGAGUGCAAAAAGGCCUUCAGCAACAACUCGUCCCUUACACAGCAUCAGAGAAGUCACACCGGAGAGAAACCCUACACGUGUAAGGAGUGCAGGAAAACAUUCAGCCAAAAUGCAGGCCUUGCUCAACAUCAAAGAAUUCACACUGGAGAGAAGCCUUACGAAUGCAAUAUCUGUGGGAAGGCCUUUAGUUACAGUGGAUCUCUCACUCUGCAUCAGAGGAUUCACACCGGAGAGAGACCUUACGAGUGUAAAGACUGCAGGAAGUCUUUCAGGCAGCGUGCGCACCUUGCUCAUCACGAGAAAGUCCAUACUAUGGAGUCGUUCUUGUCCCUUUCCUCUCCGUCACCCUCUGCAUCCAGGCAGUUGCCAAGAGCUGUAGGUUUGAUCUCUUCACUGUGACCCAAAUCUGACCCAUUAGAAAGAACCGUUUAGCCAGGCGGCGGUGGCCCACGCCUUUAAUCCCAGCACUCGGGAGGCAGAGGCAGGAGGAUCGCUGUGAGUUCGAGGCCAGCCUGGUCUACAAAGCGAGUCCAGGACAGUCAAGGCUACAUAGAGAGACCCUGUCUUGGAGAGAGAGA